UGAGCUAAGGAUCUCGAUGCGUCCCUGGGGUCCGAGAGCGAGGGAGCUGGGAUGGAGGUUCCGCAGGUCUUCUCAUCGCUUCCUCGAUUCGUCUAUUUCCUCUCUUGUUUCGGCAAUCUACUGUUUCGCAAUGAUUGAUGGGUUCAUUUUGACAGGCUCUUCGAAUCUGGAUCAGUACCAGACUUGGAAAUUGUUACCCAGUCAAGCUAUCUUGUUCUUGACAUUGCAACCUUAGAGCCAUUUCUUUCAUAGUUUGUCAAGCCUUCCAUCAAAAUGUGGAGUUUCAUAUCAAAUGCGACUACUGGAAAAUCAGGCUCAAAGAACAUCUGUGCAAAGGCUAGCACCACCAAUCCUGAUUGCUCUGAUGAUGAUGUUUCUUCAUGUGCUAGUAAAGAAGAAGAAGGUUUGGAAUGUCCAAUCUGCUGGGAGUCAUUUAACAUUGUUGAGAAUGUGCCUUAUGUCUUAUGGUGUGGCCACACACUAUGCAAGAACUGCAUCCUGGGUCUUCAGUGGGCUGUGGUUAAGCUUCCAACUGUACCGAUCCAGUUGCCCCUCCUCGUAUGCUGCCCGUGGUGUAACCUCUUGUCUCUCCGGCUAGUCUACAAAGCUAAUCUCAUAUUUCCCCGGAAAAAUUUUUUCUUACUCUGGAUGGUCGAGGGCAUGAACGGUGAUAGGUCGAGAUCUCAGUCCUCGAACCAUGGGGAACACAGACCAGUAUAUCCUUCAAGUGGCAAUGUGUCGUGGGGAAGUCAUUCUCACCGCCAACACAACACCCACAGAGUUCCACACUCGCAUGAAGAUCAUUCCAACCAAAUGCAUGCUCGACUUAUUGGUAACUACUUCAGUAUCGAAAGAUUUCGUGCUUCCUUACGCAAGUCUCUGGCUUUCUUUAUACAAUUGACAGCCAAGUUCCCUCUUGUAAUAAUCUUCCUCCUCAUAGUCCUUUAUGCCAUUCCUGCGAGCGCCGCCAUCUUAGCCCUUUAUCUCCUAAUCACUAUCCUGUUUGCUUUGCCCUCUUUUUUGAUACUAUAUUUUGCAUACCCUAGCUUGGAUUGGCUUCUCAGGGAAAUAUUCACUUGACUUGUAUUUCUUCUGAUCAAACCAGAGUUCAAAUGGCUAGUUAUCAAGUACAUGAGGCUUGCAUGUUUUGGCAUCAAUCUAUUGUUGUGAUAACAGCCAUCUAGUGCUUGGUCAUUUACUAAAUGCAUGUCUUGCAAUUUCUGCUGAGCCUUGGCUUGGGAUUUCCGACCUUGGCAAUAAAUGUAUGCAAUGAACACUAUUACCAUCACGUAAGUGGGACACUUGAAAAUUCUACUCCAUUGUGAAGGCCAUGUAUGAGCGAGCCCUGUGAUAGCGUCACUUGAUUAUCUAGUUUUGUUAUAGUUCAUUUUAUUUCUA